GCGGUGCGCUCUCGCUCCGCCCCGCUCCGCCCCGGACCGACACUCGGGCCCUGGAAGAGAGGUUCCGCGGCCGGGCCUGAGCUGAGCUGCAGGCGCGAUGGAGACCGGCUCCGAGGACGCGUGGCCGCUCGGCGGCCCGACGCUGACCUCCUCCUGGGAUGCGGAAAGCGGGGCGCCGGCGCCGAGCCUGCUCGCCCGGGCCGGGCUCGGCGCCUCGGACCUGGACUGGGAGGAGCUGCUGUUGCCGCCUGCUCCGGGCCAGGAUCUGGUGAGUUUGAGGAGCAGCAGCCCCCAAAGUGAGCACCCCUGCUUCCUUUAUCUGAAUUGCGACCCUCAUGGAGGCGAAGAAAUCCUUUCCAUUGGCAUUCUCAGUUCAGCAAGGAAUAUGGAAGUGUACCUAGGAGAGGAGUACUGUGGAACCAGCAGGGGCAAGAAUGUCUGCACUGUCCUGGAUAACAGUGAACCUGAAAAGAUUAUUUUGUACAAAAAGUAUCUGAAAUUGGAAUCUUCCACACAUUCUUGUAAAGUAAAGUUACUGUCCUUUGGUGAAAAGCAGUGUGUGUUCAUCAGUAAAGUCAUGGUACAGAUGAGACCAGUGUCACCAAGUUCAUCACAAAGCACUUCCGCUUUAGGAUCACGAAUAGACCUCGACAAUAUCCAAACCAUAAUGGAGUCCAUGGGGUCAAAGUUAUCACCUGGAGCUCAGCAACUGAUGAACAUGGUUAGGUUUCAGCAGCAGAAUUGUAUUCCCCUUGGGGAGCAGCUUCAGUCUGUUUUGGGAACUGCUGGAUACAAGCAUGCCAUCUCCCUCCAGUCAUCUCCUGCGGGAGCCUCAAACAGGUCAUCCUCUACACCUUUUGCCUUUAGAACUGGAUUGACAUCUGCACACAUGGCUGAAAACUUAAAGGCUCUCAUUGAUAAAAGUGCACAGCCACCGGCUGAAGAAAACAUGAAAAACCAGUGUAAAAUUGUGCCACAUCAUCAUUCCCUUCUUGAAAAGGAUCUUAAAAAUGCAAUGUCUUUCUUACCGAAGAAAGCAAAUGACAACUCGAGCGUGCCCGACUCUGAGCUGCUGCCUUUUCUCCAGAAGAUAUGCAGUCAAGUGAGCCAUGUUCGCAUGGGGCAGAGCACCAAAUGGCAGGAAAACGGCCCCAAGCCCCAGGAAGGCACUGUUGGUGCUGCACUCGAAGAACAGCCUAUUUGCUCCUACUUGGAAAAGAUUCUUUCUAAAAAUAUGGAAUUGAUGGAGAAGAGACUUAUGGACUAUAUUGAUCAACGAAUAUAUAAGCUCCAGGAGCAUGUGGAUGAUAAGAUUGCUUUGUUAACAGACUUGCUGCAAAAUCCCAACUUCCUAUCCACUGGGAUGCCUCUAAAACACUAUGAUUCUGGAGAAAGACUUUCCAAUGGGGAAAGAUAAGCUCUCAACAUGUGCAGUGCAGCUCAGAUAUUUAUUACAUAUUUAUUACAAAGCCAAACCCCAAAAAUGUUUAUGAAAAACAAGUAUUUAAUGUCCUCUGAAGGAUCAUUGUCUUAACAUAAAGUGACCUCAGUGUUCAUUUUACUGCCCUGGUUAUUACAAAUCCAGUACUGUAUACUAAGAGUUAACAUGAUACAUUCAUAAGUUAUGUUGUUUGUGAUGUUUUCACUCUUACAAAGACAUAUUAUAUAUGUAUAUAUAUAUAUAUACUUGUGUUGCUGAACUGUUUAAAAUGUUUAAGGAUUUCUAAUGCAAUUCCUUGGUUUGUAUGUUAUAUAAGUGUUUGGAGUGAAGUUUUUAUUUAUAGAAACACCUUAUUUGAUAGUCUUAGAACUAUGCAAAAUAAUGCUUAGAAUGUUUGAUUUUCUCUUUCUAAUUGUUUUUGGAAAAAUGGGUACUUGGAACAUUUAAUUCAGAUCACCAAUUUUCGUUUGGUAAUGUUGUUCUGAUAUGAUGAAUGAAAUGUAGUGUUUGGCAUGUAUAAUAUUAGUUUGCAUCUGGGUGUUAGGACUGUUGGUUACAUUGCAGUGUAGCUGUAGAAGGAAGGAAGGUCGCAGAUCAGAAGCCAUGUGUUCAUUUUGAGUACUACUGUUUUGGGAUUGGCGCUUUGUGUAGAAUGGAAGCAGUCAUCUGUUGGAUCUCGUUAACUCUGGCUGUGUAAGGAAUUCUCUCCUUUCUUGGCCACACACAGGUUUUUCUCCUCGAAGUCCUUUUCUGGCUGUUUAAUGUGUCACAUUCUGAUUCUGAAUUGAAGGAUUAAGGUGUAUGAAUCAAGGAGAUUGCAAGUCUCUAUUAAUUUUCAGAACUUAUAACUAUUGUUUAUGUGUUGAAGGGUGAUAAUUUGCAUCUCAAACACAUCCACUCUGGAAUUUGUCUUAAAUAAACAGAAUUAUUUUCAAAUAACUUUUGCUUAAAAUAUUCCAUUGUUUGAACAAUGAUACCUCAUCCUCAUUUUGUUUUGAUAUUUUUUCCUGUAAAAUGCUGAUUUAUAUCUUACUUGUUUUUGCAGAGGAUCCAUAAUAUGUGGAACAAAUCACAGUCAUUUGAAGAUUUGCGUACAACUUUUGCUAGCAUUUUAAAUGGACCAUGAUUGAUAGGACCGUGAUAACAUGUAUACCUAGACGAUGGCGAUUUCUUAUCACUGAGAAGAAAUGCUGAACCCAGGAGCUCAUGGUCUUGCAGCUUCUAGUAGUUGUGGUCUACUCAAUGACCAAUGAAACAAAUACUUCAUUAUUCAGAGCCAAGAACAUGAAUUAAUAUAGAUGCAGUAAAUUGGGAGGCCAAUUCUGAGUUCUCUGUAUAUGUUUGUUGAACUAUUGCAAUUGAGAAAAAGGAAGAUUACAGUCAUUUUUAAAGCCAGGUCUGUUGUCCACAACUGUAAUCACAACACUCAAGAGGCUAAGGCAGGAGGCCAGCCUUGGCUACAUAGUUAGACACUACCUCAAAGCAAACAAUAACAAAGUAAUAGUUGCUAGCACAGAAUUUGGUAAAUUUAUGAUUUCCCACUGUAUUCUGUAGGUUUUUAAUUUGGAACAAAGCUAGCUCAGCACAGAGGUGCUUUUUUAGUAGCUCAGUAUGGCUAAUAAAGUAUCCCCCCAAAUGGUCCUAUUUUAAAUGGCUGAUUUAGUUUGGUUCCUUUAUGUGUGGCAGUAAACUUGUGAACUUAGAGUAUGGUGCCCAAAUUGCUUUGUAGGGUUACUGAUAGUCAAUGAAUUUCUCCCUGAUUUCCAAAGUAUUUUUGGUCAACAGGGAGAUGGAUUCCUGGUGAAAUAAGAAAAAGAUAUCUUUCUAUUUAUAUUUCUGUUAUGAAGUUCAUUCACAAAUUUUUAAACUUGAAGAUUUAUCACACAAACCUUUGCAGUCAAAUGUAUUUCUAAAAGCUAAACUUUGCUGUCUUCUUUUAAGAUUUUAAGUUGA